AUGGAGAAAAGAGAUAUUCAUAUUUCAAAAUCACUUUCGUACUUACUUCGUCAUGGUGCAAUAAAAGAAAAUUUACCUAUUGAUUCAAAUGGUUAUGUUCAACUAUCAUUAUUACUAGCACAUAAUAGGUUGAAAACACAUAAAUGUACACAUGAAGACAUCAUUAGGGUAAUAGAAAAUAAUGAUAAAAAACGGUUUGAUCAUAGGAUUAUUGAUGGAAUAGAAUAUAUCGCCGCUACUCAAGGGCAUUCAAUGCAAAAUAUCCAACCUGAUGAAAAUAUUUUAAUCAAGAUUUCACAAAAUACAAAAUUAUUACACCCUUUGAUCCAUGGGACUAAUAUGAAAGGAUUAGAAAUGAUCUUACAGAGUGGAUAUAUAUCUAAGAUGAAAAGAAAUCAUAUUCACUUAUCUCCUGGUAUCGUGGAUGAAGAUUCCAAUGUUAUCAGUGGAAUGCGAAAAAACUCUCCUGUACUUAUAUAUAUAAAUCCAGAUAGAUUGGUUGAAAGAGGUAACCUGUUUAAAUCCUUAAAUGAAGUAUUUCUUACACCAGACGACAUUCCCUUGUCUCUGUUUGAUAAGGUAGUCUUUAGAAGCAAUAAACUAGUCAGUGAGGAAAUAUUACAAAUAUUAGACGUUGAUAAUAUAGAAUAUAUAUUUAGAAAAAAUUAA